CAUUAGUCGAAUCCCUUUUUACUAAAUCAUUUUGAGUUGAGACUUCAUCGGGUGCAGUUGUUGUUCCUCCUAUUUGGCUACCUGUAAACACUAACAAAUUGAAUUUUACUGGAUUAUAUAAUAAAAAAAAAAAUAUGGAUUUCGCUAAUUUUUUAUUCAAUGACCUUGAUAAUUCAUCAUCAUCAUCAUCAUCGUCGUCAUCAUCUGAAGAUGAAGGAAUUGAUGACAAACGACUUCAAUGUUACAUUGGAAAUAUCGCCGAAAUUACUGAGAUAUCGUAUGAUAAACGUUCAUUUCGAGUAAAAUCAUUUGAAUUAACCGACACUGUACCAAAUGACACAAAUCUAUUUAUACGUAUUAACAAACGUAUUAUUAAUAUUGGACAAGUUGGCUACAGUUUUAUAUCAAGGGACAAUGAGGCAAUACACAAAACUGAUGGAAUUUAUUUAAUGGAAUCAAUACGCAAUUUAUUAGCAUUGGGAAUGGAAGUGUUCGCCGAUGAAAUGCCAUGUCCACCAACAAGAAUUGAAAAACGUUCAUUCAGCGAUAUGCUUUAUGAAGCAACACGUUUAUUAAAAAUACAACGCGAUGCAAAUCCAUCAUUAUUUCAUUCAUCAUUUUUUCCAUUUGAUAAACCAAUUGAUUUAUCAAUGCCCAAUGAUGAUGAUGAACCUGAUGAUAAUUCACAUUUAGCAUUAUGGGAAAAUAUGGAUAUUGGGGAAAAUAAUUUUUUUUAUGAUACAUCAUCGACAGUAUCAUCGUCACCAACAUCAUCGCCAACAUCAGCCGCUGCUGCUGCAAUGUCAAUAAUAACAGUUGCAACGGCAUCAUCGGAAUUUAAUUGUGAAUUACCAUCAACAUCAUCAGCGGGAAUGGAAUGAUUAUUUUAUUGUAUAAAUUACAAUUGCAUAAAUAUUGUGUUUCCAGUUUGACGCGACAUUUUGAAAAGUCGUGACACAUCUAUAAUAAAUUUUAUUAGUUCGUGGCAUAUGGACAAAAAAAUAGGCCUAAGCAGAAUAAAAUCUCUAA